AUGAGGCCGAACGAGGCUAUGCCGCAAACUGGUAUCCUCCACAACGAAACUGAUCGCGGCAACUUCGGUAAAGAUGUCGACUAUAAUCGUGAACGCUCGCUAAGCGACGAUACUUCAAGCGAACAUUCAGCCCAGGCUGGUGUGAAACGUAUUGAAGCUGUGAGUAAGGCGUGGACGAAAACUUCGAUCAUAAUCGCCUAUGUAACCCUCCUCCUCAUCGCCAAUAUAACUUCUCUCGAAAUCCAAGUAACCAGCGCCCUCACCCCCUACGCAACUUCCGCUUUCGCCCAACAUUCCCUUGUCUCCACCAUCUACGUAGUCCAAGGCGUCAUAGCCGCCGUUAUUAAGCCACCCAUGGGGAAAAUCGCCGACGUAUUCGGUCGCCUAGAAUCCUUCUCCAUAACCAUCUUUCUUUACACGAUCGGCUACAUCAUGCAAGCCGGCUCCAACAACGUGCAAACCUUCGCUGGAGCGCAAAUCUUCUGGGCAGCCGGCUUCAACGGUUUACAGGUCUUGCAACAGAUUUUUGUUGCUGAUACGACGGAUUUGCUGAAUCGCGCACUAUUUUCGACGUUGUUUGAUCUGCCGUUUCUAUGGACGACGUGGGCAGGUCCAGAGGUCGGGCAGGCGAUCUAUACGAAUAUCUCGUGGAGAUGGGGAUAUGGUAUCUGGGCUAUCAUCCUACCCGUGUGCUUCAUCCCACUUGCUGUGAGUUUGUGGAUGAAUCAGCGGCGAGCGAAGAACCUGGGUUUCGAUGUGCCGAGUCCGUUUUACGGGCGCAAUACGUUUCAGGUGCUGAAGAACAUCUGGUUCGACCUGGAUGGAUUUGGUUUGCUGUUGUUUGCAGCCGCUAUAUCGCUUAUCCUGUUACCCCUCACUCUCGCCCCGAGUGCAAGCGGCGGAUGGAAGAACGGGAGCAUGAUUGCUAUGUUGGUUAUUGGUGGUGUCUUGUUGCUUGCAUUUCCGUUAUGGGAGACAAGUAAGAAGCUUGCACCGAAAGCUUUCUUCCCGCCAAAUCUCUUUAAAGAACGGACAGUCAUCGCCGGUGUCUUGAUCGCGUUCUUCUACUUCAGUAAGUCACCAUCCACACCCUUGAUAUGUUUACUGAUUGACCCUAUAGUGGCAUUUUACAUGUCCGUCUUCCCCUACUUCAGCUCCUACCUCCAGAUCGUCCAAGGCCAAUCCAUAGUAACUUCUGGCUACAUCACGCGCGUCUUCACCUUCAGUUCAACCGUCUCCAGCGUCGUCGUCUCACUCCUAAUCAAGUAUACGGCGCACUAUAAGUACUAUGUUACCUUUGGUGCCGCCAUCUACCUCAUGGGUAUGGGUCUCAUGUUGCACUACCGCACAGAGUCCGCUUCAACGGGAACUCUAGUCGGUACGCAGAUAGCUAUUGGUAUCGGAGGAGGCUUUCUGAAUGUGCCGGUGCAGUUGGGUGUUCAGGCUAGUGUAAGCCAUCAGCAAGUUGCAGCCGCAACAACAGUGUGGCUCACCCUCCUGGAAGUUGGUGGUGCGGUCGGUUCAGCCAUCUCCGGCGCGAUUUGGAGCACGUACAUUCCGCGAAACCUCCAACGUUACCUCCCGGCUGAGAAUGCAGCUGAUUGGGCGACUAUCUACGGCAGUAUCGUUGUCGCAGCGGAUUACGUCACGUAUCCGGCUGGAUCUCCAGUGCGCAUCGCGAUCAACAGGUCGUACCAAGAGACGAUGCGAUAUCUUCUCAUUGGUGCACUUUGUUGCGCCGCGCCGAUAGUGCCGUUGACGUUGUGCCUUAAGAAUUACAAGUUGAAUGCGAUGGAUCAAAAGGUUGUAGGAAAUGUCAUUGGGAGUGCUGAGAAGAAGAGAAGUUCCAAUGAUAGUAGCGGGAGUGGGUGGAGAUUUUGGAAGAGAUAG